AUUCCGAACUUGAAAACAAAAAAAGCCUAUAUUCCUAAAUUUCUCUUACUUUUUUGUCAAAAAAUGGGCAACGGCUGCUACUCUCUUUGUCCUUCAAAAUCAUUAACAAUUAAGCUGAUCUUUCACGAUGGAACAACGAGGAUCGUCGCCGGAAAAAGACUAGCCGGAGAGAUAAUGUUCGAGUUUCCCGACUGCAUGGUUUGUCAUGCACAUUCAUUCUUCAUCGGACAACCAAUUCCUGUCUUAGACAUUGAUGAUAAGCUAAGGAAUGGCGACGCAUACUUUGUUCUCCCACUUGAUUACUUCACAAACAAAUUGCUUUCGGCUUCUUCUCUUGCUUCCUUAGGUUCUAAUAACACUAAUAAAAGAGCUCCAGUUGAUUUCAAGAACCCUGCAUUUGAAUAUGUUAAGGGGUCUAAUGGUAGGGUUUUGAUAAAAGUUGCACCUGAGUUUAUGAUCAAAUUACUUCAACGCGGAAAUGAGGAUAUUGGAGAUGAGAAUUGUGAUGGUAAUUUUAUUUUAUGUAGCACACCGGAGUUGAAGAAGCAAUAUGAGCAAUUGGUAGGGCCAAAAGGGCAAAUAUGGUCUCCUAAGUUAGAGACUAUUUCUGAAUAUAAGAUUAGGUAUUCACCUUGCAGGUUGAUUGGCUUGGAAUGGAAACAAAAAGAAUAGUGAAUCAACCAUUAACAUGAGUUCAGAAUGAGUGGAUUUUAUCAUAUCUCUAUAUUUUAUAGUAUAUAUUUAUAUAUACGCAGUUCGAGCCAAAUUAAAAGCAAUGGGCUCAAAUGAACUCACAAAACAUGUCUUAAUUGACGUACAGAACUCUUUUCCUCUUCUUUUUUUUUUUUUAAUUAUUUAGAUGUGAAAGUUGACAUUUACAUUUUCUACUAAUUCCCAAAUUGUAACUGUAUCUAAGGAUAUAAAAAACAAUAUCCAUUUAUAUGAUGUUCCCAGA